AUGAAUGAAAAUUGUGGGCCAUUUGUCGACAUCGACCACAUAGUAGGCCAACUCAGUCGGGGAGAUAUGAUUGAAGUGCAACGCAAUCAUUACAGCCAUUGGAUACUUUGCGAGACAGUCCAGCCAAUGGUCUGGUGUUUUCAUAUGACCUACUGUUCGGACAGUGAACAACCAGAAGGACUGUUCAGCACCGGUAUGUUCACCAGUGAUAGUCUGUCUUUUAGCGCCAAAGCGCUGCUUACUUACGAACCGUUAGCUAAUAUACUGAGAGACAAUGGUGGCAAUGAUGAGCCGUCAUUAUGUCGGAUAAAUAAUCAGAAAUCGGUUAUCGAUAGGAUAGCCCAGGAAAAGACUGAUAGGAGUAAUAUGUUGGACAUAAACAUGGAUCAGGUGUUCAAUACGUUGCAUUCAAUGAGGAACUUGCAGUUCAAAUAUGAUCUCAGAAAACUCAAUUGUGAACACUACUGUACGUACUGGAAGUAUGGUAUUGGUUGGUCAUCGCAGGUCAACACAGUCAAUGAUACAGUAAUCACCGGUACCGGUGUACUGGCCAUUGCCGGCAAAGUGGCCGCACAACUGCUACAGUAUACAGGUCACCAACAAAAUGCCAAUCUCUGUGACCGUAUGUCGGAUAAAAGCACCGGUAGUUUUAUCAAUCAUCACAAUCAAUGUUGCUAUCAAUUGAAAAGUAUUAACAAAUUAGUUGCUAAACUAAAAUUUAUGGAAAUGUUUUGUUUAUUGCCAUUCAAUUUGUUGUGUUGGCAACAAAUUACAGCAAUAGCCAAUAUGAUUUUACUAUUUGGUAAUAACUAUCUAAUGGCAUACCUGUCCUCAAAGUUUCAUCAGAUGUGCAAACCGUUAGCACGUAUUCAGUGGCGCCUAAAUAGUCGGUCAUUUGGCUUACGUUUUAAACUAAAACUAUUGGCAUAUUUUGAACGCCUGUCGUGUAAUCGUAAAAUCGGUUUAAAUGUCGGACCGUUUGGUGCAAUGACUUUCCCAAUGUUUCAAUUGGUUUGA